CUUCAAUAUCUCCAAACCCUUUGAAGUUUGAACUCAGUAACCAAAGAGCAAGACAUGCUUGUGAGCAGAGCUCAAGAGCUCUCGCCCUGCUCCUCUUCCACUCUCACUCUCACUUCUUCCUGUAAUUUCCUCUCAACACUCUGCUCCUCAAACCCAUUUCUCUACUUCCCCAUGCGCUCCUCUCUUUCCUUCCUGCGCUCCCUCUCUCUCUCCCUCUCUCACCACCAACCCCACCACUUCCACCGCCACUUUUUCUUUCGCGCAAUUUCAACCCCACUUUCCUCUUCUUCUCCAAAACCCCAGAAAUAUUUUCCUCUCCUUGCUGCUGCAUCUGCCUCUUCUUCUCACAGUACUUUCGUCGAACACUUGGCGUGCGAACCGGAAACCAAUGAGAGUUGGGAUUUUAAUAACAGUAGUGAGAGCGAGGCAGCUUUUGAUUUUGAUAAGAAUGAUGGGUCUUUGGAUUUGAAGCAUUUGCCGGCGCUGUCUCUGGAUGUGAAGGAGCUGGAUGAGCUACCGGAGCAGUGGAGGCGGUCGAAGCUGGCGUGGCUUUGUAAGGAACUGCCGGCACAUAAGGCCGGAACACUUGUUCGGAUACUCAAUGCGCAAAGGAAGUGGAUGAGGCAAGCAGAUGCUACUUAUGUUGCCGUGCAUUGUAUGCGGAUUCGCGAGAAUGAGGCUGGGUUUAAGGUAUACAAAUGGAUGAUGCAACAACAUUGGUAUAGAUUUGAUUUUGCUCUUGCUACCAAGCUAGCUGAUUACAUGGGUAAGGAGCGAAAAUUCUCAAAAUGUCGUGAGAUAUUCGAUGAUAUAAUCAACCAGGGACGUGUCCCUUGUGAAUCUACAUUCCAUGUAUUAAUUGUUGCCUAUCUUAGUUCAUCCAUUCAAGGAUGUUUGGAGGAAGCAUGUAGCAUUUACAAUCGUAUGAUUCAGUUGGGAGGUUACCGGCCUAGACUUAGCUUGCAUAAUUCCCUAUUUAGAGCUCUUGUAAGCAAGCCAGGAGCCUCUUCAAAGCAUUAUCUAAAACAGGCUGAGUUUAUUUUUCACAACGUGGUAACAAGUGGACUGGAGAUACAUAAGGAUAUCUACGGUGGUCUUAUUUGGCUACACAGCUAUCAGGACACCAUUGAUAAAAAAAGGAUUGCAUCAUUAAGGAAGGAAAUGCGAGAUGCAGGAAUUGAGGAGGGUAGAGAAGUGCUCGUGUCUAUCUUGAGAGCCUGCUCAAAGGAGGGGGAUGUGGAGGAUACAGAAAAAGCAUGGCUCAAACUGCUCCAUUCUGAAGGUGGUAUCCCGUCUCAGGCUUUUGUGUAUAAAAUGGAAGCCUAUUCAAAGAUUGGAGAACCUAUGAAAUCUUUGGAGAUAUUCAGAGAGAUGCAGGAACAAUUGGGUUCCACCAAUGUUGCAGCACAUCAUAAAAUCAUAGAGAUUUUAUGUAAAGCUCAAGAAGUUGAACUUGCUGAAUCCCUCAUGAUAGAAUUCAUAAACAGUAAUUUGAAGCCACUAACACCAUCUUAUAUUGAUAUGAUGAGUAUGUAUUUCAACUUGAGCCUCCAUGAUAAGUUGGAGUUAGCCUUCUCUCAGUGCCUUGAGAAAUGUCGACCUAACCGUACCAUUUACAGUAUAUACUUGGAUUCUUUGGUGAAUGUUGGAAAUCUUGACAAAGCUGAGGAGAUCUUUAAUCAAAUGCUAAGUGAUGGGGCAAUCAAUGUUCACACUCGAUCAUGCAACACCAUUUUAAGGGGAUACCUAUCUUCUGGAGAAUAUGUGAAGGCAGAGAAGAUAUAUGAUCUGAUGUGCCAGAAGAAAUAUGAUAUUGAUUCCCCAUUGAUGGAAAAGCUUGAUUAUGUCCUGAGUUUGAGCAGGAAAGAGGUUAAGAAACCAGUAAGCUUGAAGCUAAGCAAAGAACAGCGAGAGGUUUUAGUGGGUUUGCUGUUAGGUGGUUUGCGGAUUGAAUCAGAUGAAGAGAGGAAGAAUCACAUGCUUCGUUUUGAACUUAGUGAGAAUUCCAGCACACAUUCUGUUUUGAAGAGACAUAUACAUGACGAGUACCAUGAGUGGUUACAUCCUUCGUGUAGGCAAAGUGAAGACAGCGGGGAUAUACCAUAUAGAUUUUCUACCAUCUCGCACUCUUAUUUUGGUUUCUAUGCUGACCAAUUUUGGCCAAAAGGCAGGCCCAUGAUCCCAAAGCUAAUCCAUCGGUGGCUGUCGCCACGUGCUCUUGCAUACUGGUAUAUGUAUGGGGGCCACAGAACUUCUUCGGGGGAUAUUUUGUUAAAGCUGAAGGGAAAUCCUGAGGGUGCCGAGAAGGUUGUCAAAGCAUUGAAGGCAAAAUCCUUAGACUGCAGGGUAAAGCAGAGGGGAAGAGUGUUUUGGAUUGGUUUUCUGGGAAGCAAUUCCUCAUGGUUCUGGAAAUUGAUUGAACCUUAUGUUUUAGAUGACUUGAAAGAUGUUCUAAAAGCUGGUCUUGCAAUUUCAGAAAACAAUUUGCCAGAGACUCAAGACAAUAGUUAUGAUAGUGGGUUUGAAUCUGAUGAAAUGCUCUCUAAUUCCAGUGAUGGCAAUUUGUAGGGCUUCUAUACCAGUUCUGUUCUUUGUUAUGAUAUGGUAGAUUGCUACAUCCUGUGGAUUUUUUCACAGGCUGCUCAAAAACUGCGUAUCAGAUCGGCUACUUCAUGAAGCUUUUCUUUUUUUUUUUGAGCACGACUACUUCAUGAAGCUUAGAGGCUCAUCAACCUAGUCAUGGCAUCUUCCUGGGGCAACCUGCACUGUUGUACAUAUUCAAAUGCAUAGAGAAUUAGAGAUAAACUAAACUUAUUAUCUAACUAGUGAAUAGAGAUUUUUUAUAGUGUUAUCA